AUGAAGUUGACUGCUUCAAGCAGCACUCUGAGCCUGCUUUACAGUUCCAAACAUGUUAUUCCUCCAGUCGCCGCACGUUACAUGGGAUCUCCCACACACCCGAUUGCCCCGAAAAUCACACACGCAUGGAUGACUCGAGAUCGGAAUGCUCUGUGGUGGCGGGUAUCCGUGUCGCAUAUUACGCAGCUCAAACGGGUGAUUCGCUCCUGGUGUGCUCGAAGGGCACGCCUUGCUUUUGAACAAGCCUUGAAAGACAAAGGUUUCGACCACUUAGGAACACCGUUACCCUCAUCUACUUUGCUACCUCCACAAGAUGCCCUCACGGGCUCUCUGGAUCUCAUCGUUCGCCCGUCACUCGCUAAACAGAGCUUCAAGACGGUCCAACAGGAUGCACACUCGGUCUUGGAGAGCCUCUUAAAACAGCGCGCAGUUCAUAAUCGGGUCGUAUCCAAGGGGUCUGAAGUUCCCCCUGGGUUUGAAAGGGCUUGA